AUGCACAAACGGGACCUUGUUGCUGGUCUUCCCAGGGUUCUCCCUCCCCUCCCACCCUCGCCUGCUCCUCCCUGUCUUCCCUGUGUCGAGGGGCGGCAGCGCGCCGCUCCUCACUCCUCCUCCUUUCCCCCGACGACUGCUCCUUUGCAGACGCUCCACAUGGACGUAUCUCGUCUCCAGCUCAGUGAGCGUUUCCGCUCCGACUUCCCUGUCCUGCGUCUGCACUCUGACAGAGGUGGGGAGUUUUCCUCUGGCCUCUUGGAGGCCUUCUGUCAGCAGGAGGGCAUUGAGCAGUCGUUCACACUUCCGGCCUCUCCACAGCAGAAUGGGGUUGCUGAGCGCCGCAUUGGCUUGGUCAUGGAGGUCGCUCGUACCUCCUUGGUUCAUGCGGCUGCCCCCCACUUUCUGUGGUCGUUUGCAGUCCGAUACGCUGCGCAUCAGCUCAACCUCUGGCCCCGUGUCUCCUUACCGGAGACUUCUCCGACACUGCGUUGGACGGGAGAGGCUGGCGAUGCGUCGCGUUUUCGGGUCUGGGGAUCUCGAGCCUUUGUUCGCGACACGUCCGCGGACAAGCUCUCCCGUCGCGCUGUCCCCUGUGUCUUCCUUGGCUUUGUCCCGGACGCGCCUGGUUGGCAGUUCUACCACGCCACCUCGCGUCGUGUCCUUGCCUCUCAGGACGUCACUUUUGACGAGUCCGUCCCCUACUACCGCCUCUUUCCCUACCGCACUGCCCCGCUCCCCCCCCGCCUCUCUUCCUCGCUCCAGGUAGACCCAGUUGAGCCUGUCGAGGUAGCUGUUGACUCUCGUCCUGCUGGGGGUACUGAGCCUGCCCGUGAGGAGUCUGGGGGUGCGGAGCCUGGGGGUGCGGAGCCUGGAGGUGCUGAGCCUGGGAGUGCGGAGUCUGGAGGUGCUGCGUCUGGGGGUGCUGCGUCUGGAGGUGCUGAGCCUGGGGGUGCUGAGCCUGACCGUGCUGAGUCUGGGGGUGCGGAGCCUGGGGGUGCGGAGUCUCGAGGUGCUGAGCCUGGGGGUGCUACGUCUGGGGGUGCUGUGUCUGGAGAGGAUGUUGCUACUAGAGCUCGUACCAGUACUUCCCUCCUACCCAGGAGCUCCCCCCCAUUCAGCAGAUCCGAGAGUGGUACGCGCGGCGCUGCAGUCUUCGGAGUGGUGCUCCUGGUGCUGCGGACCCCAGCGGUGGCGCUGCUGCUGGUGCUGAGGACCCGUGGCGUUGGAGCUACUGCUGGUGCUGAGGACCCGACCGGUGGAGCUGCUGCUGGUGCUGAGGACCCGAGCGGUCGGCUGCUGCUGGUGCUGAGGACCCGGGCGUGGAGCUACUGCUGUGAGCUGAGGACCCGGUGUGGAGCUGAUGUGGUGCUGAGGACCGAGAGUGUCGAGCUGCUGCUGGUGCUGAGGACCUGGACGGUGGAGCUGCUGCUGGUGCUGAGGACCCUGCCGCUGGUGUCGCUUCUGGUUCUGGAGACGCUGCGCUGGACGCGACCGUACUUCGUACCACUUCUUCAGCAGGUUCUUGGUCAGGCUCCUCCUCCUUGUCCUCCUCCCUCCGUAGCGUGUCCUCCGCCUGUCCAGUCGCAGUCCCAGUUACCGCCUGACUCGCCUCUCCCUGCUCCCUCUCCUUAUACUGGUCCCACAGGAGGUCUUACAGAGCGUCGUGAGCCUGAGUCUCGUCCUGCGUCGCCUGUUCGUACUGCUCGCACUGGUCGUCGUGUCCCACGUGAGCGUCCUCCUCCUGUUCCUGGCACUCACUACAUGACUCUGCGUCCCUCCACUGCUCCUCAGCGUGUUCCGCUGCCGUCUCCUCCUGCGUCCUCUCUGCCUACUCUUCCUGAUCCGGAGUCUGACUCCCGUCGUGCUGCCAGUCCCACUGUCACCGUCUUCGCUACUGUUGUCACUGACCCUACCUUUGAGUCCUCUGCUGCGUCUGCUCUGGUCGCUGAGUUGAUCGACUUUGCUGCCCGGUGUCGUCUAGACUACGCCACUAGCCUUGUUGCUGAGUCUGAGUCUGAGUCUGUCUGUCCUCCGUCCGUCGGGGUUGCCCCUGAGGGAGACCCGGAUGCACCAGACAUCCCGACCCCGCGCACUUACGCUGAGGCUGAUGGCGUGGGUCCCUACUCCUCCCAGUGGCAGACAGCCAUGGACGCAGAGAUGGCUUCCUGGAAGUCCACAGGCACCUACGUCGACGAGGUUCCCCCACCUGGGGCGAACAUCGUCAGUGGCAUGUAG